AUGCACUUCAGCACCGCGACUAUCCUUGCCGUCUUGGCUGCGACUCCUGCCGUGUUCGGGCAGCUUGACGCGAAAAUGAAGUCCAGAGGCAAGAAGUACUUCGGUACAUGCGCGGACUCUGCCCUGCUGUCCAACUCGCAGAACGCUGCCAUCAUUCGCUCUGACUUUGGCCAGCUCACCCCGGAGAACAGCGCCAAAUGGGACGCUAUCGAGCCGUCGAGAGGAAGCUUCAACUUUGGCGGCUUCGACACGCUCGUGAACUUUGCUCAGAGCAACGGAAAGCUCGUUCGCGGACACACAUUCGUCUGGCACUCCCAGCUGCCUUCCUGGGUCAACAACAUCGGGGACUCCGGCACCCUGACCUCGGUCAUCCAGAACCACAUCAGCACGAUCGGAAGCCGGUACAGGGGCAAGAUCUACGCAUGGGACGUGGUGAACGAGAUCCUCAACGAAGACGGCACUCUGCGCUCUUCGGUGUUCAGUCGUGUGCUCGGAGAGAACUUUGUUGCCAUCGCCUUCAAGGCUGCGCGCGCUGCUGACCCCUCGGCCAAGCUCUACAUCAACGACUACAACCUCGACUAUACCAACAGCAAGGUCAACGGCAUGGUCAACCUGGCCGGAGGUGCAGGCGGACUGCUAGGUGCCAUGCAAGCACUCGCUGGCACGGGAGUACCAGAGGUUGCGAUCACCGAGCUUGACAUCGCCAGUGCAAAUGGCAACGACUACGCUACUGCGGUCAAGGCAUGCACUCAAGUCCCCUCGUGCGUCGGAAUCACGGUGUGGGGAGUGUCGGACAAGGACUCGUGGCGCUCGGGCAGCAGCCCUCUGCUGUUCAACGGCAGCUACCAGAAGAAGGCUGCAUACAACUCUGUGAUCUCGGCCCUGUCGUAA